AGUUCAGGUACCUUACUUAACGGACGCACUAGCUAAAUUAGCGGUCGUCGUCGUGGAUGCCACAUGUUGGCGGCACAGGACUGUGGUGAUUGUAUGGUACUUAGUACUACCUAUUUUUGAGUGAUGUGCGCCUGCAGACCGUAUGUAGUGGUCAUGUACUCCAUCCCGUUAUUGGAGAUUAUCACCACCACCACCACCACUUCUCACCACUGCUUCUCACCACACCACAUCAACACUUCCUCAACAGGCAUACAGAACAUCAACUACUCUAGAUCUCAACCAACAAAUCUUACCCUUUGAUCCUCGCAGCCUUCUAUUCUAUAUACUACAGAUAUUAUGAAACCAAGAUCUACCCCACCCUCAACACACCCCACCCAAUCCUUACGAGUCCUGCCACCACAAGCACCGCCAUACUUCCUUGAUUGCGUCGCCGACGGAUGAUCCGCGCCGCCUUGAUGGCUGCUCCAUAGAUUUACCCCACCAUUCCACCGCCACGCAAUCACUCUCCCCCAACGUCGAUUCAAUGUCUUCAUAAACCCUACUUCUCGAAUAAAGCCAAGUAAGGUCGACGACAACAAAUGGCGACCGAUCAGAAGUACACAUAUGUCCCGCCGACCGAAUAUGCGGGUUCGUCUCAAGAACCAACGGCGGGCAGCUCUCUCCCCAGAGUCCCACCCCCACUUCCCCCGCGUAAAGCCUCAACACAAGUCGCCGUGCCGCCUCCAUAUUCGCUAUACGACGUCGACAGGGCCGAGUUAGCUUCUGAAACAUGGGUUCACGAUCCAAGAUCCUCGCCGAUGGAGUCGAUAAGCCCAUCCGAGUUACGAGAGGGACAGCGUACGCUCCUGCUCAUCUAUAUUCAUGGCUUUAUGGGCAAUGAGACGAGCUUCCAGAGCCUCCCUGCUCAUGUUCACAAUAUUCUCACGGUGGCCUUGGCUGAGAGCCAUGUGGUGCAUACCAAGAUCUACCCUCGAUACAAGUCGAGAAAUUCAAUUGAGGUUGCAAGGGACAACUUCAGCGAAUGGCUUGGGCCACAUGAAAAUAGUAACACGGACAUUGUGCUCCUCGGCCACAGUAUGGGAGGCUUGCUUGCUGCAGAGGUUGCUCUCAUGCCUUCUCUAGACCUAAGCCACGGCGGACAGUUCAAGCAUCGAGUCCUUGGCACUAUUAGCUUCGAUACACCAUUCUUAGGCAUGCACCCUGGGCUGGUAGUCAGCGGCAUAGGAAGCUUGUUCAGACCGGCUCCUCCGCCGCCUGGGUCUGCGCAGAGCACACGGGAGUCAUCGACUGGCACUGACACGACGGAUUCAGGAAGCAUUUCAUCAAUGCCAACGACUGCUGCUUCUCUGACGACAGUGAGCUCGGCAGAUACACCUCUGACACUAAGCACCAGCAACAACUCAUCGAUACACACUGCGACUACGAAUGAUCCGUAUUAUAACCCACCCUUUGCCAACGACAUCAAUAUCAAGGAACGCAGCGGGUGGAACAGCUUAUUACAUUUCGCCAAUAAGCAUGUUGAUGGCCUUACAUCUGCAACAAAGCAAUAUUUCCUGUCUCAUAUUGAAUUCGGCGGCUGUCUCGCUGAUUUCUCAGGACUGAAGAACCGCUAUUCUCGUCUAAGGCAUCUAGAAGAUGUGGACGACACGACAGAGGCGGCGCUGGCAUCCGAUGCCAGGCGUAUCCGAUUCGUCAACUACUAUACUGCAAGCACUGGCUUGCCGAAACGGCAAAAGGUGCAGCAAGUUAAGGCGAAAGACGAUGAUGGGAACAUUGUUUCAGUGGAAACUGCGACGGAGAACUUGAGCCUCGAAGAGUCUGUAAAGGCCACCACUGAUACCCCGGCUGAGUUAGCAGCUCCAAGCGGGCUUGACGGACCUGGAGCUGCAAUAAUCUCAGUUGAAGAAACGGGCAAUGCAGCCCAUACAGAGGCGAAAGCACCAACAUCACAAACUCAUAUCUCUGAAGUCGCACCAGAGCAAGACGAUGAUGAUUACGAAGCACAGCCAAUGCAACACAUAGACUCCAUGCCCAUCCAAGGCGACGACGAAGAUUCCCAAGAUGAUGACUUCCACGAUGCCCACGAAGACACCCACCAAGCCACAGCCGACGUAACGACAGCGACCCCACCAACACCAGAUGCACCGACAAGGACCCCGCCAACACCAGACGUACCAACAUCACCCUCACCAAUACCAGACAUAACAACCUCCACCGGCGACCCCGCCCUCCCCCCCAUCCCCCCCGUCCCAGAAGAACCCACCCCCCUCGACCUCACCCUCUACACCGACAAAGACUCCCGCAAGCUCGCUGAAAAAGAACACAAGCGCAUCCUCAAGAUCUACCAAGCAGCCGUCAAGCACCGCGAGAGCGCCCUCAAGGACCGUCGGAAACUGACCGAGAAGCGGGAGAAGAAGGCGGCGCAGGAGAGGGAGAAGACGCACAAGACGGAGGAGAAGAAGAGGCUGCAGGGGGAGGAGAAGAGGAUGAAGGACGAGGAGAAUAGGAUGAAGGAGGAGGAGAGGAAGCGUCUUGCUGAUGCUAAGGAGGCCGAGUUGAGGGCUGUGACGGUUAAUCCUAGUGGUCCUGCUCAUGGUGCGGAUGCGCGAGCGGGGUCUGUCUCUGAGGGCGCGGAGGCGCCGCCGCAGAAGAAGAAGAAGGAUAAGCGCUUUUGUCUUCUACCGGGCGAUCUGGAGCGUAGUAGCGACGGGCUGGAUAAAUGCUGGGUGCGCGUUUAUAUGGAGGGUGUGGACGAGGUAGGCGCGCACUGUGGGUUAUUCUUCCCUGGACCGCAGUAUGCGGCGCUGCUGGGCGAUACGACGGAGAGGAUUCAGGGGUGGGUGAAUGAUGAUGCGACGAGGAGGGCGAUUUUAGAUUUACAUAGCCUGGAUUAGGGGGUCUGGGUUAGUGGUGGGUGGUGGAUAUUACUGUAUGUACAGUAGUUAGUUCGCAUGCGGUGGUUUAUGGACACUAGAUAGAUUCAUGAAGUUAUGAUACCC